UUUGGGGAUACAGCCAUGACAACGGGAGGAGGAGGAGGAGGAGGAGGAGGAGGUGGAGUAAGGCGGAGGAGGAGAGCCGGGCUCCCGGGAGUCUGCUGGAAAACCUGCUACUUCCCCAUCCUGUUCUGGGUGGUGUCCGUCUGCGGGGAGGAGAAGACGCUGAUCGUGGAGACGUGGCUGAAGAACUACGGCUACCUGCUGCCUAACGACCUCCGCACCUCCGACCUGCGGCAGGAGAAGGCCAUGCAGUCGGCCGUGGCCGCCAUGCAGCGCUUCUACGGCAUACCGGUGACGGGCGUCCUGGACGAGACCACCAUAGAGUGGAUGAGGAGGCCUCGCUGUGGCGUCCCCGACCACCCUCAUAGCAGCCGGCGGCAGAGGAACAAACGCUACGCCCUGACGGGGCAGAAGUGGAGGGACAAGAAGAUCUCCUACAGCAUAUCGAACUUCACCCCCAAGGUGGGAGAGAAGGACACCCAGCGAGCCAUCCGGCAGGCCUUCACCGUGUGGCAGGCGGUGACCCCGCUCUCCUUCCAGGAGGUGCCGUACUCAGAGAUCAAGAACGACGGCAAGGAGGCGGACAUCAUGAUCUUCUUCGCCUCUGGUUUCCACGGCGACAGCUCCCCCUUCGACGGGGAGGGCGGGUUCCUGGCGCACGCCUACUUCCCCGGCGCCGGCAUCGGAGGAGACACCCACUUCGACUCGGACGAGCCGUGGACGCUCGGCAACGCCAACCACGACGGUAACGACCUGUUCCUGGUGGCGGUCCACGAGUUGGGCCACGCGUUGGGCUUGGAGCACUCCAACGAUCCGAGCGCCAUCAUGGCGCCUUUCUACCAGUACAUGGACACUCACAACUUCAAACUGCCUCUGGACGACCUGCAGGGCAUCCAGAAGAUCUACGGAAUCCCCACCGCCAUGCUGGAGCCCACCCGCCCGCUGCCCACCUUACCCUCUCGGAGGACGCACUCCACCUCGGAGCGCAAGCACGACCGCCACGGCCGGCCGGCGCGCCCCCCCGGAGACCGCCCGGCGCUGCCCGGCAACGGCAAGCCCAACAUCUGUGACGGCAACUUCAGCACCGUGGCCUUCUUCAGGAGGGAGAUGUUCGUCUUCAAGGACCGCUGGUUCUGGCGCCUGAGGAACAACAAGGUGCAGGAGGGUUACCCCAUGCAGAUCGACCAGUUCUGGAAGGGCCUGCCGCCUCACAUCGACGCCGCCUACGAGAGGUCGGACGGGAAAUUUGUCUUUUUCAAAGGCGACAAGUACUGGGUGUUCAAGGAGGUGACGGCGGAGCCGGGUUACCCCCUCGGCCUGGUGGAGCUGGGCAGCUGCCUGCCCAAAGACGGCAUCGACACGGCGCUGCGCUGGGAGCCUGUUGGCAAAACCUACUUCUUUAAAGGGGACCAGUACUGGCGCUACAACGAGGAGAAGCAUACGGCGGACCUGGGGUACCCCAAACCCAUCAGCGUGUGGAAAGGGGUCCCGGACGCACCGCAGGGGGCCUUCAUCAGCAGGGAGGGAUACUACACCUACUUCUACAAGGGGAAGGAGUACUGGAAGUUCGACAACCAGAAGCUGACGGUGGAGCCCGGGUACCCCAAGUCCAUCCUGCGCGACUGGAUGGGCUGCGAGCAGUCGGACAUGGAGCGCUCCGGGAGCAAGGCGAACCGCGGGGACCGCCAGCUGCCCAUGGACGACGUGGACAUCAUGGUGACCAUCAACGACGCACCGACCACGGUCAACGCCAUCGCCGUGGUGAUCCCCUGCGUCCUGUCGCUGUGCAUCCUGGUCCUGGUCUACACCGUCUUUCAGUUCAAGAACAAAGGAGUGCAGCAGAGCGCCAUGACGCAGCAGUACUACAAGUACCCCGUCCAGGAGUGGGUGUGACCACCAACCCUACUUCCAAGAGGUCCGAGUUGGCAGUUCGGAGGUGUGGGGGGUCGGGGGGGGUCGAGCAGGUCGUCAUACUGUGAGCUCGCUCACGUUGGCUAACGGCCAAACAUUGCUAGCAAACGAAGCAAUGGAGAGUCCAGUGUUUCCAGUGGGCAGAGGGGUUGGGGGGGGGGCCUGACUGGCCUUUUCAUUUUCCGAUGCUGCUCUCAGUCCGCCGGUGGGAGCGAGCUCACCUGUGUGUCUGAGGGAGACGGGUUUAGUGUGUUAUCAUGUUACCGGGCGGGGCGCUUUGAGGGGGCAGCGUGCCGGGACGUGAUUGGCUGAGGUGGACGAUGCAGCCGAUUUGCCACUCUCUGGACAGAGAUGAUAGUGAUGAUUCUGUCCUCAAAGGCAGAAGACCUCCUCCGAGAUCUGACUCGACGUGAACAUGCGGACUCCAAACAAUGAGUCAGAUGAAACAAAGAUUUGAAAUGUCAAAUUUGAAGAUAAAAUAUAGGUAGAAAGACCGUAAGAAAAAGGAAACCAGGGACCUCACCUUGGAUCUGUGAAUUGAAUUGAAUUGAUUUAUACUUGUAUGAAGCUGUAAAAAUGUCAGGAGGACCUUUUUUUUACCACACAGAACUGAAAGCAUCUUCGCCACCAUAAAAUCUAAUCUUCGCUCUCAUUUACGCCGCUUGGACUUUGGUUUUCGCGGAUGUAGAAUAGCCAGUCGUCAGCGUAGUGUGACAGAUAUUAGAUAUUAGAUGAAUGAUCGUUGAACGAUACGUCUUAUCUCGGUCACAACAGUUCGUUCUCAAAUUAAUUCAGACUGAAGGGUCGAAUGAAAAGAUGUUUUACUUUCACUGGAAAAGUCAAAGCUAUUGAUAUCUUUGGUGAUUGAACAAAAUAUUUAAUUGUACUUCUGGGAUUUGAUCCCUUUUGUCCCUUUUUGCCAACAAACUCAACUAAAUAUUGUUGCCAAUUUCUUUAUAUUUAUAAAAAUGUUUAUCAGGAUUUCACACAAAAUGAAUUAUCCUUUUAAAUUUGGGGAUUUCUACAAAUCUAGUUCUUUAAUAUUUAUUGUCUCUUCCAGCUGUGGAAGUAUUUGGACCAGGCUUAAGUAUAAAGAAAUGAUUUCUUUAUACGUUGUACAUUUCAAGAAUAAAGAGGAAUAUGUUAAGAAUGAA